GCCAAGGGGGAAUUCGGCCCAUCCGCGGAAGGGUGUGCUUGAUUUGUUAGGCCAUCAUUGGGAUGAUAAAAAGGUAUAUAAGACUGGGAAGUCUUUGGGGGGUGUCUUCUGGUGGGAUGUGUAAAGACAAACUGACUGAUCACCACCAACACCAACUGACGCCGCCUUGAGAAUAAAUAAUUCCUGUCAGUACCUCGUCAACAAGAGAGUCUACGAGAGCAUAAAAAGAAAGAAAAGAAAGAAAAAGAAAAAUGCUGGCCACCGCCCUCGUCCUCCUCGGCGCGGCCCUCGGCGUCAGCGGCCACUACACGUUCCCCAAGGUGGCCAGCGGCGGCGACUGGGAGCACGUGCGCAGGGCCGACAACUGGCAGAACAACGGCUUCGUCGGGGACGUCAACUCGGCGCAGAUCCGCUGCUUCCAGGCGAGCCCCGCGGCGGCGCCGUCCAUCCUCAACACCACGGCCGGCUCGUCGGUGACCUACUACGCCAACCCCAACGUCUACCACCCGGGCCCCAUGCAAUUCUACCUGGCCCGCGUGCCCGACGGCCAGGACGUCAAGUCGUGGAACGGCGACGGCGCCGUGUGGUUCAAGGUCUACCACGAGCAGCCCAACUUUGGCGCCCAGCUGACGUGGCCGAGUAACGGCAAGAGCUCCUUCCAGGUGCCCAUCCCGCGCUGCAUCCGGUCGGGCUACUACCUGCUCCGCGCCGAGCACAUCGGCCUGCACGUGGCCCAGAGCCAGGGCGGCGCCCAGUUCUACAUCUCGUGCGCUCAGAUCGGCGUCACCGGCGGCGGCAGCACCGACCCGCCCAACAAGGUCGCCUUCCCCGGCGCCUACAAGGCCACCGACCCGGGCAUCCUCAUCAACAUCAACUACCCCGUGCCCACCUCGUACAAGAACCCCGGCCCGGCUGUCUUUAGCUGCUGAGUUGGGGAGAGGGGGUGGGGGGGCGCGGAGGAUCAAGCUUAGAUUAAAAUCAAGGGGUGGGCGGAAUCGCUAGUAUCUCGGGAUCAUAGUCCGUCAUUCUCUCUGUAGAUAGUCUUCUCCUCGAACGAGUACAUAAAACCAACGUUCGACUCGCA